UUUUUUUGUUCUAAGUUGUGCUACUGUUCAUAGACGACGACGACUAUGGAGAACUUGGAGAUUCUCCGGUGAUAACCGCCGUUCUAGUUCUCGCAGACAAGCGGGAAUCUGGAGAAGCAUAUCUGAUUCUUCGUUCAAAUCAGCUUCCCUUUCCUAUUCCUAUGGAGAUGGCUAAUCCCACAUCCAUGCGGGUUCUCAUCCGCCCUCAAAAUUCAGCACCCAAUCCUCCAAUUUCAUCCACCACAAUUCCUCUGCAUCGUACUACUCCUCCGACCUCCACCGUCUUACUUCCAUCGCAACCGCCACACAAGUCUACGAAGAAGAACGGUGUCGUCGUCGUAGGGUUCAUCGGGAGGCGUCAAGGAGACGUUUCCCAGUUAAUCAAUCGAAUCCUUGACUCCAAUGUAUUUGGUUCAGGUAGACUGGACAAGAAUUUCACGAUUGGAAUGGCGGAUGAACUUGGUGAGCUCAAAGAUUGGUUGAAAUAUCGUAAAAUCAGUUACUACCUUGAUGAAGAAGAAGGGAUUCUUUAUUUGCAGCUAUCUUCCAUUAGUUGUCCAGCAAUGGUUGAAAUUUUUGAAUCCUCGUCUAGUUCGGAUUCGGCUUUUGAAGAUAGAGACUUCAGUGAUGUUAAGGGAAUGCUCUUCAUGUUCUCUGUUUGUCAUGUCCUCAUAUUCAUACAAGAAGGAUCACGCUUUGACACUCAAAUAUUGAAAAAAUUCCGAGUUCUUCAAGCUGCCAAACAGUCCAUGGCACCAUUUUCUCGGUCUCGGACUCCAACAACUACAUCAUCUAGUAGACCUUCAUCCUCAUCAAGAUCAUCUUCAUCUGCAACAGCCAAUCGCAAUUCUUCCGCAGUUUCACUCAUGUCAGGAUUAGGAUCAUAUACUUCAUUAUUCCCUGGACAGUGCACUCCAGUUAUACUCUUUGUUUAUCUCGACGAGCUUUUGGACACCAAUAUCGAUGACUCGCAAGAUUCGUCGAAUUCGAAUUCGAAUUCGAACAGUUCUUCAUUACGAUCUACAGGAACUGUUGUUGUCCUAGCACGCCCCACAACUAAAUCCGACAAUGGAUUUAGGAAGAAACUACAGUCAUCCUUGGAAGCACAGAUUCGUUUCUCCAUUAAAAAGUGUAGAACUCUCUCGAGUUCAGAAACUAGAAAUGGUGUGCCACUCUUUUCACUCGAUGCCUCCAAGGCUGUGGCUUUGCUCGAUAGAUCGUCAAAUAUGAUAUGCGAAUCACUAGAUUUCGCUACGAAUCUUGUUGAAAACGUCUUGAAUGGAAAGGCAACCACCGAUUCGCUUCUUUUUGAAAGCGUCUCUGAUCAAAGGGAGAAAAAAGAGGAUUAUAUCUCUGUGAAGGAAUUCAUUCAAAGACAAAUCGAUAUAUUGAGAGGUAGGGGCGGUUUGGUUUCUAACUCCAACAGUGGCUCAGCUGUUGCUGUUGCAGCUGCAGCUGCUGCAGCUUCAGUUGCUUCAGGGAAGACUUUCAACACUCCUGAACUCCCAACUAUAGCAAUUUGGUUAACUUCAAGUCAGAACAUAUUGGGUAGCAUUCUUUAUCCAAAAGGUGUUUCUUUAUCUUGUUUGGAGAGUAGUAAAGGAAUUAAUACUAAAUUUUCGAUAUCUUGGUGCAAAAGGGUCCUUCCAAUGGCUAAGGAAGUUUAUUUAAGCGAACUACCCGAUUGCUAUCCAACUCAACAACACGAAUCCCACAUGGAAAAGGCGUUGCGAACUUUCUGCUCCAUGGUGAAAGGACCAGCGGUGAAUCUUUACAAGAAGAAACUCGAGGAAGAGUGCACGUUGAUAUGGAAAUCUGGAAGACAGCUAUGCGAUGCCAUUAGCUUAACUGGCAAACCGUGCAUUCAUCAGAGGCACAAAGUUCAAACCGAGGGCGUAAUUACGAGCGAUGGAGGAAAACCACAUUCCACUGGAUUUUUUUUUCUUCAAGCUUGUGCUUGUGGCAGAUCACGUCAAUUGCAAUUUGAUCCUUUUGAUUUUGAAGCAGCUAAUAGUUAUUUUGCUGAUUGUGACAAAGCCUUACCUUCCAUUCGGUUACCUCAUGUGAGGAGCAGUGGUCCGAUUAAGUCAUCUUCAUGGAGCUUAAUUCGAGUUGGUGGAGCUCGAUAUUAUGACCCUUCUCAAGGUUUGUUUCAGAGUGGGUUAUCUGCCACUCAUAAGUUCCUUUCAAAGUGGACUAUCUUUAGUGAGAAAGUCAAAACAACUGCUGUGGAGCAAAAUUCUCAGGAAGUAUUCAAAACAGAACAGCAAGUGAAAGAAGAUUUUAGAAGUAGGAAUGAUGUUCCUUCUCUUCCAGAAAAAAAGUCUGAUGAUAAAAAAAUCCUUUUUAAUGGAGGUUUUCCUGGUUUUACAAUGAGAAAAGCAUUCUCUGAAGUUGUUGCUGGACCAGGAGCUGCAAACUCAGGGUUUCCCCCACUUCAAUCCAGAAAUCAAAUUCCAGUAGUUUCUAAUAGAGAAGUUAAGCAGCAGGGUGGUUCUUCCAUAGAAUUGGUUCAUGAAGCUGUUCGUUCUCAGAGUUCACAAAAGCUCGAAGAGGCCACGAAGUCUGUUCACGGAAUUGUGAAGGGAUUUGAAGAUGGUAGUAACCCACUUCUGCAAAUUGGUAGCAAUGUUGUUCCAUUUACGAUGAAUGACAGUGAAAUGAUCAAAACGACUUCUUCGAUUAAGAAUUUCUCAGUUUAUGUGGGAUUUGAGUAUGAAUGUCCUCGCGGGCAUCGUUUUUUUGUGAAUGAAGAUCAUCUAAGUGAACUUGGUUCUACUCAUUCUUCACCUGAGGAAUCUCAGUUUUCUUCAAAGCAGGGCAAUAAUGGUGGCGUUAAAGCCCACAGACGAUCAAACGGAAGAAAUGUAGUUGGCAAGGGAAGAAAUACUGAUAAUGUUGAAGAGAUGCCUACUACCAAUUUUGCUAUACAUGAAAAGGAGAGGAAUCAGUUGGUUGUCAUAACGGAAGAUCUUAUGUGCCAUUGUGACAGUGCUUACUCCUUACUGAACAGAGAUUUACCAAUAUAUAUGAAUUGUCCAAACUGCAGGAUCUCUACGAAUAAGAAGGAUCAACCUAAAAUGAAUUUUGCAGGGAAGAUAUCACAACUUCGGAGGAUCUUUCUGGUUACACCUCCAUUUCCAAUCGUCUUGGCGACAUGCCCUAUUAUUGAAUUUGAGUCUUCAUCUUUGCCCACAUCUGUUCUUAACCAUGAAGAGAAGUUACAAUUUAGCAUUGGAUGUCAAGUGAUACUACCACCAGAUAGCUUUCUCUCCCUUAGGCUCCCAUUUGUUUAUGGUGUACAACUGGAGGAUGGAAGUUUGCAACCCCUCCGUCCUUUUGAUAAUCAACCAGAAAAAACUGCCUGGAUUGCUAAAGGUACAACAUUGCAGGUUGUACCAAAGUGAAGUAGUUUUGAUGAAGGCUCGCUGGUUUCUAAAAAUUGAAACGAAUGUUAAAGAUGGAAUGCGGAGUAUUCAUGUUUGUGCAAAAUGCCUAGAAAGAGUCAUCUGGCAGAGGACAUAAUCCGUUUUGAAAAUAAGAACCCACCACCCAUUAACCUCAACGCCCAGAUGAUAUUUAAUUUGUUAUCUGAUCAACAAGGAUUUUGAUGGAAAACGGUGUCAUGAGUUGAUCAAGAAGAGUUGUAUGAGAAGAAGACGAGUGAGCUAGUUAGGAUGUAGAUGAUAAAAUUGGCCGAUUUUCGUCUUUAUUAUAUAUUUUUUCCGAUCAUUUUGAGAUGGAGUUUGGUGAUUUUCUCAUGUCACUUUAGGAUGUAUUUGGUUAACUUAGAUUUAUAUCUUUCCUUGUAAGUCUUUCAAAAGUCAAAUAAUUUUCACAAUUUGAAAAAUCAUCUAUUUUUUUGUUCAAACA